GAAGCUUCUGUAAAGCUCAGGCUGGUUUCUCAGGGUUUUCAGCUCCCAGUGGGGUCUCCCACACGCCCGAUAGGAAGGACUCUAUUAGUGGCCACAGUCACCCCUGGCUCCAGGGGAUGGAGUGGUCUACCCUGAAUGUGACAGGACUGUAAGGGAUCUGCAGACAGGCUCUGAAUGGCGUCCGAGAUCACCUACGCAGAGGUGAAGUUCAAGGACCCAUUACCUUCUGAAGAGGCCAAAGCACCGAAAGAGAAGAGUCCACCUCAACAUGAACCCUGCAAACCACCCCAGUGGCUCCUGUGGUUGAUCUCGGGGCUGUUGCUGUUGCUGUGUGUUGUUCUCCUUGUUGUCUUCUUUGUGGUUCCCCAUCAGCAGAACUGUGGAGAGCACAAAGCCUUACCUCAGAAUAUCUCUGAGUGGCUCUGUGCCGUGCGGAUAGCUGAAGAAAAAGGUCAGUGACACUGUAGGAGAGGGGAAUUACCGCAGCAUCAGAAGCAAGGCUGAGACCUGUUGCACACCCGGAGUGAGACUGACAGCAAACAGCUAUAGGGGCUGCAGAGACAAUGUUGUGAGAUGAAUAAACAAGGAGGUCUCUUGAGCUGACCAAAUGAAG